CCCUACCCCAAACACCCCACUCCCCUUCUCUAUCUCUCUCUCUUCCUAAUUUCCACAAAAAAAUUUUAGAGAUAUUUUUCAUCCAAUCACUAAUCUCUCUCGAAUCAGGAGAUUUGGUUUUAGUUCUCGAAGUUCUUCAAGAUUAUGCAACCGAAUUCCAAAACUGCAAAUCUUGUGGGAGCCAAUCCACAUAACGUUCCUCAUUCCGCUGACUCUGCUGAACCUUGGUGGAAAACGGCUGGCUACAAUUCUGUUCCUCCGGGCAUGGUGCAGGGAGAUGCUUCUGAUUCGUCUUCUCUGGAGCAAUCUUUGGAUGACCAAUCACAAUCUGACGGUGGAGUAAAUCACGAAGGUGAUGACGGUACUGAAAAAUCACAAACUAGCAAACCUUCGCAUCAAGGUAGGAUGUUAGAAGGGAGUUGUGGACAAGUAGAUAAGAAUCUUCAGCCAGUUGCAUCAGUCAUUCCAGAUGGAAGUGAUGAGCACCUAACACAGCCACAACAGCUUGAAUUUGUUGGACAUUCAAUUGCUUGUGCUCCAAAUCCAUACAUUGACCCGUAUUUUGGGCAAAUGAUAGCUGCUUAUGGUCAACCAUUGGUUCCUCCUGAUAUACUUGAUAUGCACCGUAUGAGGAUGCCUUUGCCCCUCGAAAUGACUCAAGAGCCCGUUUAUGUGAAUGCCAAGCAGUAUCAUGGGAUUCUUCGUAGAAGAGAGUCACGCGCUAAAGCUGAACUUCAGAAGAAGCUCAUAAAAGUUAGAAAGCCAUACCUUCAUGAAUCGAGACAUCAGCAUGCUCUGAGGAGAGCUAGGGGUUCUGGAGGGCGAUUUGUGAAGAAAUCUGAUUCCAACGCUCCAAAGCAGACAGGCUCCGGUGCAUCUCUCUCCCCCCGAUCCCUUACACCCCCGGGUCCCGAAUCUUUCCCGUCUAGCGCUGCUGGCGCUUCAAAUAACUGUCAAGAAGCGGUACCUAAGCCUCAGCUUCAUCAGUACAUAAACAGCGGAGGCAGCUAUGGAAGCCGAUGCUGCUCUCAGGAAUCACUAUAUCACGUGCAUUCCACCGAGUCUUCAGGAGGAGGCUCCACGCGCAAGUAACAGUGAAGUACCGCUCUACCCCAGCUGUGGCCACGCAAUUAGAUCGAAUAUGAUCCAACGAGGAAGCCGUGUAUGGAUCUCGGGUGUUCAAGCUGGGCGGCAAUUCAUUCCUGGCUUAUGAAAUCGUUAGCUCUUCUGUUUUGUUGUUCGAAGUAAUGGAACUAGGUUUAGGAUUAUGAAGCAUGUAUGUGUGUGAGGUUAAUGGAAUGUUUAUCAGUUAGGAGGAUCUGAAGUAUAGAUAGUGUGAUGUAGCAAUGGUUGUGAUUUUCCUUUCUGGUUUUGUGGGACUGGGAUUUGGUCUUUGUUUACCAUAAAACUUUUCUUAUGUUAUUUACAUAAUAAGAUGAAUGGGAAUUGAACUUAAAGUUUCUUACUUUAA